CUGAGAAAUCACAGUAAACCAAGGCAAACCAGUGAGAAUGGAGCUAAGGAGAGGAGUUCCUCUGUUUUACCAGCAAUUCAAAGCUUUAUUAAAGAAGAAUCUGUUACUUUCAUGGCGAAAUAAAACCGCUACGUUUAUUCAGCUCUUCGCGUCCUUUUUCUUCAUUUUGCUCCUUUUCUGCAUUGACAAAGGCACACAAGCUAGUACCUCCCAUACGACGGCGUACAAGACAGUGCUUGAUCCUAAGGCUCUUGUAUCGCCGCCGAUCCCUCCCUGCGAGCAGAAGUUCUUCGUUAAGAGGCCGUGUUUCGACUUUGUAUGGAGCGGAAACCAUAGCGUUAGAUUGAAUCGUAUAGUUAGUUCAAUCAUGGCUAAUAAUCCUGGCAGGAAGAUCCCAUCCAGUAAGGUUAAAUCAUUCAGAACAACAGAGGAUGUGGAUGCUUGGCUUUUGAAUAAUCCUAUGCAUUGCCCAGGAGCUCUACAUUUUAAAGAAAUAAAUGCUACUGUUAUCAGCUAUGGUAUACAGACUAAUUCCACCCCAGUUAGAGAUCGUGGGUAUUUUGAAGAUCCCACAUUCAAAUUUCAAAUCCCACUUCAAAUUGCGGCAGAGCGUGAAAUUGCUCGGCAUAUCAUUGGAGAUCCAAAUUUUAGCUGGGUUGUCGGACUUAAGGAAUUUCCACACCCUGCAAAAGACGGUUUCUCCGUAAUGUCUACCAUAGCACCAUCUUUCCUACUUGCAUUUGCCAUGUUUGGAUUUGCGAUGCAAAUUGGAUCAUUGGUGGUAGAGAAGGAGCUCAAACUUCGCCAGGCAAUGAGUAUGACCGGGCUUUAUGAAUCCACAUAUUGGUUCUCAUGGAUCAUAUGGGAGGGAAUACUCACACUAGUUUCAUCAAUUCUCCUCAUUCUCUUUGGAAAGGCGUUUCAGUUUGACUUCUUCAAUAAAAACAACUUUGCAGUUGUGUUUCUUGUGUUUUAUCUUUUCCAACUUAACAUGACUGGUUUUGCCUUUAUGCUGUCAAGUUUCAUCAGCAAGUCAUCUUCAGCCACAACAGUUGGUUUCUCUGUGUUUAUUGUUGGCUUUUUUACUCAGCUUGUUACAGUAUUUGGAUUUCCAUAUGACAUCAAAGUCUCUAAUAUUGCACGAUAUAUCUGGUCAUUAUUCCCGCCCAAUCUUCUUGCAGUAGCCGUAGAUGCUCUUGCUGAGGCAACUGCCACUCCUGAAGAUGUUGGGAUUAGCUGGAGUGGACGGAAGCGGUGUGCAGAUGAUGCAGAUGACGAUGCAGGAGAUGAGUGUGUAAUAUCAAUUAAUGAUGUUUACAUUUGGCUUGUGGCUACGUCCUUUGUCUGGUUUGUUUUGGCAAUCUACUUCGAUAAUAUAAUUCCAAAUGCCAAUGGUGUGAGAAAAUCUAUUUUUUAUUUCUUACAGCCUGGAUAUUGGACAGGGAAGGGUGGAAAUAAGGUGGAAGAGGGUCACCUUUGUAGUUGCAUGGGUUCAGUUCCAAGACAAGAGUAUGUUACUCCAGAAGAUGAGGAUGUUCUUGAGGAGGAAAACAUCGUUAAACAAGAUGUAACAGAGGGCACAGUCAAUCAAAAUGUUGCAGUUCAGGUACGUGGACUUGUAAAGACAUAUGCUGGGACAAUGACGAUUGGUUGCUGCAAGUGCAAGAAGACUUCACCUUACCAUGCUCUCAAGGGCCUAUGGAUGAACUUUGCCAAGGAUCAGUUAUUCUGCCUUCUUGGACCAAAUGGUGCUGGAAAAACUACAGUUAUCAAUUGUUUGACCGGGGUAACACCGGUGACUAGUGGAGAUGCUUUGAUUUAUGGAUAUUCCAUUCGAAGCGCUGUUGGCAUGUCAAACAUUCGAAGUAUCAUAGGAGUUUGUCCCCAGUUUGACAUCCUUUGGGAUGCAUUGUCUGGUGAAGAGCACCUCCAUCUCUUUGCCAGUAUUAAAGGGCUGCCCCCAGAUACAAUCAAUUCGGCUGCUCAGGAGUCAUUAGCAAAGGUGAGACUUACCGAGUCAGCUAAAGUGAGAACUAGGAGCUAUAGUGGAGGAAUGAGACGCAGGCUCAGUGUUGCAAUAUCGCUCAUCGGAGACCCAAAAUUAAUCAUCCUUGAUGAACCAACUACUGGUAUGGAUCCAAUAUCGAGAAGGCAUGUCUGGGAUAUAAUACAGGAUGCAAAGAAAGGCCGAUCCAUUGUUCUAACAACUCAUUCAAUGGAAGAAGCUGACAUUCUGAGUGAUCGCAUAGGAAUUAUGGCCAAGGGUAGGCUCCGAUGCAUUGGGAACUCAAUCAGGUUGAAGUCAAGGUUUGGGACUGGUUUUGUUACUAAUGUGAGCUUCAUUGAAAACGCUACUGCACAGUCUCCUCCGAAUGCAACUGUGGACCAUACCAAUCAGCAUGAGGAUGUAAAGCAGUUUUUCAAAGAUCAUUUGGAUGUAUUGCCAGCAGAAGAGACUAAAUCCUUCCUGACUUUCAUCAUUCCUCAUGAGAAAGAGAAGCUAUUAACGAAAUUUUUUACGGAGCUAGAAGACAGACAACAAGAAUUCCGUAUAGCAGACAUCCAAAUUGGCCUCACCACGCUCGAAGAAGUUUUCUUAAAUAUUGCCAAGCAAGCAGAGCUAGAAAGUGCUGCAGCCGAAGGGAGAUUGGUUACUUUGUCCUUAACAUCUGGAGUCUCGGUUGAGAUACCUGUAGGAGCAAGAUUUGUUGGGAUUCCAGGAACAGAAUCUCCAGAGAAUCCUAGAGGUAACAUGGUUGAAGUAUACUGGGAGCAAGAUGAUUCUGGUUCUCUCUGCAUUUCUGGUCAUUCUGCUGAAAUGGCUGUGCCUCCUGAUGCUCAGCCAUUGAUUUCUGCAGCACCACCUUCUGACAGAAAUCUCCGACGCGGGAGACGACCGGUUUAUGGAGUUGUGAUCAACCCCAAUCAAUUUGGUACUGCUAAUUCCUAAUGAUGCAGUUAUGAACUCGUAUUUAUGAUAUUUUAUAAUUUUGUACAGCAUUUCAAUGGUUCAAAAUAAUUUUUUUUUUUU